UUGAUUGGCUCUGAAAUUGUCUACUAAUUUUCGUACUUUGUAUUUUAUUAAUAUUUUAAAUUAUGAGUUAUAUUAAACCUGUUACUCUGUAAAAUAUAUUGUUUACGUUUCUUCAUCUCGUUUCUUAUAAAUUACUUACUUCUCAACAAUGGACGGCUAUACAGCAAAAAAAUCAACAUCAUUCGAAACUUUAGUGAUUCAAAAUAUUACCAACGUCAACGAAUUAAAGGCAAAACUCAGCGGCAUAAUUCUAGCGGGGGAAGAUUACCAAUAUGACGUUUCCGACUCUAUGAAAGUCUUGCUUACCAGUACUGAUCAAGACAUAGUGCAGUUAUGCAUAGAAGCGAUCGCAGAACUUGUAAAAUGUGAACAGAAACGCGAUUCAUAUGCUAACAAAAACAUUAUUGGUCCUAUUUUGGAUCUGUUGCGGAAAGAAACUGUUUCAGAUAAUAUUGAGCCUGUUAAACAGUGCUGCAGAGCUCUGGGCAAUCUGUGCUGUGACUGUGACACAUCUAGGCGACUGAUUGUGAGCUUGGAUGGUAUACCACUACUUGUGAAAUUGCUGGAGAGAAGUAUUGACCUGCGGCUAGAUGAGAUACAAACAUUGGCUAGCAAGACACUACUGAACUUUGCAAUUGGUGGGGCAGAGUUCACAGAGAUAAUAUUUCAAGCAGGAGUGGUUGAUUUGGUACAGAGGAUGUUAAGUAUAGAACUUAAAAGGGAUGAUUUUGAUGAUGAUACACUGUCUACAUGCUUGUUGAUAUUGAGUGUUAUAAAUGAUAACACACCGGAGUUGCUGUACAGCGAAGUGGUGAACAAGACUAUAUUGCAGGUGUUGAGGGAAUCCCUUAAUAUGGAGAUCUCUGAACUGUGUCUGGAUCAUUUGCAUGCACAGGCUGAACAUGAGUCAGUAAAGACUUUGAUUGCUAAAGAAGGUGGGGUGCAGCUAGUGUGUAAUCGCCUUGAAGAGCUGGUGACGAGACAUACUGCAGGGGAACUGAACGCUGCUGACACAGAAGUAGAGGCUCUCAUGAAACAGGCCUGUGAACUGGUCAUCAUUGUGUUGACUGGAGAUGAAGCAAUGCACAUCCUUUACAAUAAAGGUGUGUCAGAGGUUUACCAAACAGUUGUGAAAUGGCUGGACUCUCCAAACCAUCAGUUGUUGACCACCGCAGUACUGGCAAUAGGCAACUUUGCCAGGCAGGAUGACUACUGCACACACAUGAUGGAAGAUAAGAUAUUUGACAAGCUGCUGGAUAUUUUCGAGGUCUACAAUAACUUCAGCAUUCAGAUUCAGAAGGAACCAGAGAAAAAGCACCCUAUUGACCCGAUAACAGUGAUCAAACUCCUUCAUGCGGUUCUCUCGUCAUUGCGGAACUUAGCCGUGCCGGUGGCGAACAAACGAGUGGCGGCGGCGCAGGGGAGGGCUGCUCCCAUGUUGUUGAAUGCGUUGCCUACUACUGAAGAUCACCAUGUGGCUUAUAAGCUACUUGCCACCAUUAGAUUACUUGUAGAUGGCCAAGAGGGUGUAGCGAAGCAGUUGGCCAACAACCCGGUGGCGCUGGCGACGGUGGCGAGGUGGGGCCACGCGGCCGAGUACGCCGGCGCCGCGGGGGAGGCGCCGCGACUGCUCGCCUGGGCCAUCAAACAACUGCGACAUCACUCGCACUGGAAACACAUUGUUGAGGUGGAUGGCUGUAUAUCAAGUCUAGUAAAUAUGCUCGUAGCAUCUCACUCACUGAUGCAGAACGAAGCCAUACUCGCCUUGACACUGCUCGCAAUAGAAUCACUCAAGAAACUAUCACCUGACAGCCAAACAGAAUUCGAUUACGAAAAGAGCUUUGUUGAACAGUUAAUAAAGUCUGAAAUUGGUAAGCAUGUCACCAUCCUCAUAGACACAAAUUGUGCAAAAAUGCCUGUUGAAGUAGCUGAAAAUUUACUCGCGUUUUUGGAUAUAACAUCAAAGAUAAACAAACUUGCCGUGGAUUAUAAAGAUGCUAAAGUCCACGAAUGUUUAAUGAAAUUCUCAGAUUCAAGAGCUGAUCUGACAACUGACAUGAAAUCAUGUAUUUUUGGUGUCUUCUCAUCUAUUACUAACAACGGGAAAAAUGAUUAAAUUAUCUUUGAAUGCUCUCAAGGGAAGUGAAGAUACCAAAAUACCAAAUAUUUUAAGUUUUAUGUUGAAAUGAUGAAUGAUUUACUAUGAUUAUGUGAAUGUUGCAACAUUAUGAAUUCAAGAUUUGUUCUAAUUAUUGUGAUGUAACUUGGAGUAAAGCAAAUAUGGCGGGUCUGUUGUCAGGCAUGGAAGGUAACCAUCAAAACCUUAAAAUCUAUAGUCCCUGUAUAAAGUACUUAUAUGGCCCAAGCCUAAGUAACAACUAUUUGUAGUAAAUAUUAAUUUUCGAGCAAUUAUUUAAUCAAUUCUUAGUCUAUGCAUGUGUGAUAAUCAUGAUAAAAAGUUUUAAGUCUAAGAAGUGGUUAAUCACUAGUUUAAUCAUUUAAAUUUUAUUAUUAUUCUUAAACUUAUUUAGAUUUGUGCCCGGUUCUUGUAAUGCAGAAGUAAGCUAAUUUACCAAUGAGUGAAGCCAAACAGUUCCUCUAUGUUUAACCCAUCGGAAACUGAAGAGGCCGGGCAGUCGUAAAUCAAGAUAUUAUAUAAACAAUCCUCCUACAAUUUUGUAAGCUUUUUAAAACUCUCUCUAGUCAUAGUUUUAAUCUUUCUCUAUUUGAGUAAAUGCUAGAAUUUUGUGCAUUUAAACUUUACUGUGUAAUGUUUAAGCGUAUUUUCCUAUGUAAGACAAUUAUUUUUGCGAUUCUCUCAAGUUUUUACAUUCCAACAUUUGAAACUUUGCCUAUUACCUAUUAUACUGUCGAUGUUAUUAUCCUAUUUGAUGAUAGCUUGCUUGUGGACUAGAUCAGAAAUUAAUGCAUAAGUUUCAUUUCACAAAAUUUAAAGGACAAUCAAUUGUUUCCUUUCAAAUUUAAAAUUUAAUUUUCUUCAUGCACUAUUUACUUAAGUGCUACUCGGACAAAUACUUUCUGGAGUAUGCACAUAAUAAAGAAACGAAAUACUUAUUAUACCUUUUGGUAUCUGACUUAAUUUUUGUACACACAUAAACAGUUAAAUUAAUUUCUGAUCAAAAUAAAUAAGAAAAUGUAUGGUUGUAAAUUGUACUAAUUACAAAUAGAUGACAGCGAUUCUAAAGAAAUACUCAAAGUACAAUGUAGGUUCACAUAGUGAAUCAUAUGGAAAUGUUGAAAUAUUCCGAUUUUUCGCAAAUAUUGCUUAAAUAAUAAUAUAAAGUCAAAGUAACGAAGUUAGCGUGGACACGCCUCUAGAUAGAACUUAGACAAUACAAAAGCCACAGAAGAAAAGGAUUACAGUAGACAUUUUUGAAAUACCUAAUCAAUUUGUUUUAAUCCCAAUUUACUUCAGAUGAAAAUAUUUUUAUUUAAAAUGGUUUCCCAUUUUAAAUAAAA